AAGAUAAUACAACAUGAAGAGGAGGUUACAUUGUAUUGUAGUUUUUACCAAUGCAUUUAUCACUAAGUGGUUUAGGCUACAAACACCAACAUAAACCCCCAGAGCAGGGAAGCUGUGUUUUUGUCUAAAAGGUUUAGUCAAUAUCUGGAAUUGACUCUUUUUACAGAUUGAUAUGGGACCAGUCCUCUUCAGGAUUGUGAGCCUCCUCUCUGAGAGUUAAUGAGUUAUCAGAUUGAUAUGGGACUAGACCAGUCAUCUUCAGGAUUGUGAGACCUCCUCUCUGAGAGUUAUAAUGAGUUAUCAUCAGGGGGCUGAGGGUGGAGCCAUCCUUAAAGAAAGACAGAAGGAUGGGUCACCAAACAAGAAUCUUGAUGAGACCGUGGACCCUGAUAUGAGCACCAUCAGGCCAGAAGAGAUGGUCUGUGAUGUCUGUGAGGUCAAAGCUGUGAAGUUCUGUCAGACCUGCACUUUAUCCUACUGUGGGACCCACGUUAGGAAGCACUACACAGUACCUAAACUACAGAGACACACCCUGGUGGAGAUAACUGGAGACCUGGAGGAGAAACUCUGUCAGGAACAUCACAGAGCUCUGGAGGUGUUCUGCAGGACAGACCAGAAGCUGAUCUGCAGUCUGUGUUCUGUGACAAUGCACAAAGGACAUGAUUUAGUCUAUGAGGAGAUAAAACAGUCAGGAAGACAGACUUUUGAUAGAGAUCAAUGUCAAAGACUAAGGCUGGCCUCAGUUGACGAAGUACUGCCCCCUCCUGGUGAGAUCCAGUUCUCGUCAGUGACGUCAAACUCUGUGUCUCUGAGCUGGGGUUCUCCUGAGGGACUGACAGGACCACAGACUUUCAGCGUGACUUGGAGAUGUGAUGGGGAAGAGAGGAGCCUGAGGGUGGAAGAUGGGUUUAAUGUUGAACUAGAUGGACUCCAGCCUGGUGAAAAGUACCAGUUCAACGUGGCUACAGAGGGAGAAGAUGGCAGACAAAGCAGAUGGGUCUCAGCAUCUGUAUUCACUGUGGUUCCAGCACCCAGGGACUUACAAAUAAACCAGUCAGGAGCGACCUCCUUCACUGUCAGUUGGUCCAAGGCUGAAGAAUUGGAGAAAGUCCCACAACGCUUCGUCAUAUCCUACUGCAUUCCGGGAACAGAGCCCUGUGCAGCCAAUACUGAGGACUGCUACAUAACUCUCUGGCCUGCAACCUGGUACUCAGUACAACAUCAGUGUCUCAACUGUGUUGAACAAUGGGGAACAGAGCAAACCUCUCUCUACAACCAUCUGCACAAGUAA